AUGAAUCUCCCUCCUAGUCUCGCCGCAGAAGCAAUCUCAAGCAUCGAAGAGGCAAGAAAGGCAGCUCCUGAGCAACAGAUUGAGGUGGCAUCAAAUCAGAAUGGCAUCGUCAGCGAUACAGACCUCGAGCAGCUGUGGACUUGGAACCAGCAUGUGCCCUCUCUUCUCCCAAGCUGCAUGCAUGAUAUCAUAUCCGAACAAGCUCGCCAGCAGCCACACAAGAUUGCGGUUGAAUCAUGGGACGGGUCCUUGACAUAUCAGCAACUAGAACACUAUUCAUCACAACUUGCCAGGCAGAUCCUACAGAGGAAUGUAAAAGCUGGCAGCCGGAUCCCACUAUGUUUCGAAAAGUCCAUGUGGACCGUGGUCGCCGUCCUAGCUGUCAUGAAAGCAGGCACAACAUUCUCUCUGACGGAUCCCAGUCAGCCAGUGGCACGGCUGCAGACAAUUGUCGAACAGACAGGAGCAGACCUCAUCAUCACUUCGGUAGCUCAGAGCGAGCUUGGCAAAGAGAUAUCCAGACAAGGAGGCCAGGUUCUCGCAAUAUCUCGAGAUUAUUUCGACAGCUUCAAAGGAACAGCACUGAACACUGCACUCCCACAAGUGCCCGCAGGAACGCCAAUGUACGUGAUCUUCACGUCAGGAAGUACAGGCAGGCCAAAGGGAGUUGUCAUUACCCAUGCCAAUUAUACCAGCGGCGCCAUUCCGCGAGCAGAAGCCGUUGGCUACAAGUCAAGCUCUAGAUGCUUCGAUUUUCCGUCUUAUGCGUUUGAUGUGAGCAUCGACUGUAUGCUAUGCACGUUGGCAGCUGGUGGCCAGAUAUGCGUGCCUUCUGAAGAAGCUAGGAUGAACGAUCUCAGUGGCGCCAUUCGCCAGAGUAAGGCCAAUAUGGUCCACAUGACUCCUUCGGUAGCCAGAGUCCUGGAUUCCGACAUCAUCCCAUCUCUGGACGUUUUAGGCCUGGGUGGUGAGGCAGUAUCGGCAAGCGAUGCAGCGGCUUGGAGCAAGUAUACAAGCUUAAUCAUUGCCUAUGGGCCAUCCGAGUGUACCGUCGGAUGCACAAUCAACAAUACCGUUACCAUUUCCACGGGCAUCGGCAAAGGCAUUGGAGGUGUCACUUGGAUUGUUGACCCCGAUGACCACAACGUCCUCAUGCCGGUAGGAGCCGUUGGAGAGCUCAUCAUCGAGGGUCCAGUUGUUGGUGUCGGCUACCUUGAUGAGCCAGAAAAAACAGCAGAAGUCUUUAUCGAAGAUCCAACCUGGCUCAAAUCUGGCUACAAGUCCUUCCCCGGUCGACCUGGCAGAUUAUACAAAACAGGCGAUUUGGUGCGGUAUGAAAGUAACGGCUCUGGCUCCAUCGAAUUUGUGGGCAGAAAAGACCAACAAGUCAAGCUUCGUGGCCAGCGAGUCGAACUCGCAGAGGUCGAGCACCACUUACGGGCCUCUCUGCCAAAUGGAAUCAAGGUCGCGGCAGAGGUGAUAAAACCAGAGAAUGGCGGAGCUCCUUCUCUUGUCGCCUUUCUCUCAGAAUCUGUUACUGUGGGCACCGCUGGAGUAGACCCAGCCAUUGUCGAUCCCUCUCCAGAAUUGAAGGCCGUUCUGACAACAGUCAGUACUGUCAUGGGAUCCAGAGUCCCACGGUAUAUGAUUCCGGCGGCGUUCGUCACUCUUCAACAUAUGCCUUCUUUGGUGUCUGGUAAAACAGAUAGGAAAAAGCUGCGUGAGAUUGGGACAUCGAUACCGCGCGAGAUUUUCAGCCGAAUGCAGGCGACUGAAGCCCAAGAGGAAGAGGAGCCGGAAACUGAGACGGAGAAGAAACUACAAAAAGCAUGGCUUGAAGUACUCGGAUCAGACGCAAAGAUCUUCAGGCAGAGUAACUUCUUUGCGCUAGGAGGCGAUUCAUUGCGUGCCAUGAGACUCGUAGUUGCGGCUCGUGCAAACGAAAUCGCAUUGACGGUUGCGGAUAUAUUCACAAAUCCAACGCUGAGCCACAUGGCGUCAAAAGCUACUCAGAUCUCCGAGUCUUCUGUGGAAGACAUUUCACCAUUCUCGCUACUGGAGAAAGAUUGGGAUGUGGAAAGUGUGAAAAACGAGAUAUCCGCUCUUUGCGGCGUAGAAGCUAGUAGCCUAGAAGAUGCGUAUCCAUGUACACCCCUUCAGGAAGCGCUCAUGGCUCUAUCGGCCAAGGUCAAAGAGGCAUACGUCGCUCAGAGAGUGGUAGAGCUUCAAGACACUGCUACGGCUGAGAAGCUAAUCGCAGCCUUUGACGUCGCACAGCGCGAUAGCCCUAUAUUGCGGACGAGGAUCGUGCAAGUCCCUAGACGCGGUUUAGUUCAGGCCGUCAUAAGGGGCGAGUUCAAUGUCUUCUCUAGAAACCAUCUCGACGAAUAUUUGGCCAAUGACAGGAAUGACGCUAUGGAACUAGGAAAGCCUCUUGUGCGCUAUGCUAUCAUCAAUGAUGGCACGUCAGGCAAAGUGAGCUUUGUGCUUUCGAUUCACCACGCUCUGUAUGACGGCUGGUCCAUGCCUUUGGUUGUCGAUCGAGUUAACAAGGCUUACGAGAGCCAAGCCGUUUCACGCCCUGCAGAAUUCAAGCACUUUAUGAAAUAUCUAGCAAAUAUGGAGAUGGACAAGUCAGCCAAUUUCUGGCGAGAACAGCUCCAUGGAGCCAAUCCUUCUCAAUUUCCAUCUCUACCUUGGCAAGGCUAUCAACCGCAAUCAGACUCGUUACUAGAGCAAUACGUGCCUCUAGGAGAAGGAAAUGCCUCCAAUGCUACCACUGCGACGAUUAUCAGGGCAGCUUGGGCUCUCGUGGCAUCACAAUACAUCGGUAACACCGACGUCAUCUUCGGAGAGACGCUGACCGGUCGAAAUGCACCCGUCGUCGGAUCUGAAGAGAUUGAAGGCCCAAUGAUUACAACCGUUCCUGUGCGGGUUCAAGUAGAUCGAGAUGUACCUGUUUCAGAAUAUCUUCAAAGCAUACAAGAGCAAAUGGUAGAUCAGAUCCCUCACGAGCAUUUCGGCUUACAACACAUACGAAAGCUCAGUCCUGACGCCUUUGACGCAUGCGAGCUCCGAACAGGCUUGGUGCUGCACCCAAGUGCCGAGAGUGAAGAGCCUAAUCAGUAUAGCCACCUCCCUGCGAGCUGUCUUGUCCCAGCCGGAGACGCAGAAGCUGCCCAAGAAGCUCUCAAGUUCAACACCUACGCGCUGAUGCUCGUCUGUUCGAUUGACCCGCGAGGGUUCCUCGUCAUGGCUAGCUUCGACUCCAAAACAGUAUCGGUUCCUGUGAUGCAACGUGUUUUGGACCAGUUUCAGCAAAUUGCGCAGUCCUUGUGCAGAGAAAGCUCGACCUCUCUUGGCAGUCUUCGGUCACCUCUGACUGAUGAUGAUAUUAGGCAGCUCCAAAACGUCAUUUUCGACGCAGACUUUGGUGAUGCAACAAAGGCAUACUCUGGCGUUCAAGCGGCUUAUAUCGUGGACUUCAACGAUGCGAAUCAACUGAUCCCCGUUUCCGCCAUGGGCGAGCUUGUCAUUCAGUGCUCAGAGAAUCCUUCCAAUCUAGUGGAAGUACCUCCACCAGCUUGGCUCGAAGCAGUAUUCGGCUCCAAAGUCUCUGAGCAAGGCAAACUCUACAAGACCGGGCAACUGGCCAGAUACGACUCAACCCAGAAGCCAGCUCGCAUCAGAUUAGUCGAUACCAACAGCGAAAGAAACGCCGCUGCGCCACCAGCAGGAGUAGCUAAAAGCCGAAUCUCUGCAAGUUCCAGCAGACAGCGCAAGCUACGUAGCCUAUGGGCUCGUGUACUACGCAUGAGCGAGGACGAUAUCGGCCUGAAUGAUGGAUUCUUCAUUCUCGGCGGCGACUCCAUUGCAGCUAUGAAGCUUGUAUCGGAAGCUCGACUGGAGGGAGUCAAGUUGACUGUAGCUCAAAUCUUCCAAAAGAGAACGCUGUACGAAAUGGCCAACGUCAUGGAAGAAAUGGAGAAGCCCACUUCAUCCACAGACUCCGUCGAAGACAGCACACAAUUAGAGCCUUUCUCCCUACUCAAUCUCAAAGACGAAGACAAAAAGCAGCGUUUCAUCAACGACAUCAUCGCUCCCCAGCUCUCUGAUCCAACCUGGCGCAUCAGCAACAUCCUCCCUACCCGGCCCCUGCAGCAAAUCGCCGUCAAGGGCACAACUCAACUCCCACGCUUCUCAGCCCGAUACGAGCUCAUGUACUUUGAUAAGACUCUAGACCGUGCCAAAAUGGCAGAAAGCUGCAAAGAGCUCGUCGCCCGCAACGAAAUUCUACGCACCGUCUUUGCAGAGUAUCAAAGCGAGGGCUACGCCGCCGUCCUCGAACAGCUCGUACCGCAAUUCAUCGAAUACGCACUAGACAGCGAUGACGACGUGGAAACCUUCGCAAAGCAGCUCUGUCGGCUAGAUGCCCUGACGCGAAUGCCUCUCGGCUCAAGUUUCGUGAAAUUCUUUCUGAUCGAGUCCAACAAACAGUCAUGUCUCAUCUUCCGCCUCUCCCACGCCCAAUACGAUGAGAUUUGUCUCCCCAUCAUGCUCCAGCAGCUAUCAAGCCUCUACGAAGACAAACACGUCCAAGAAACCGUCCCCUUCUCCGCCUACGUCCACAGCGUCCUCCGCCAGAAUCUGCCUUCCAGCAUUCCCUACUGGACAGACCUCCUCUCCGGCUCUUCCUUGACGAUCCUCAAGCCAGACGACAUUCCCAUCCAGCGACGUAACCACUUUGCCAUCCAGCAAACGGUUGACAUCUCCUCGCGCCUCCGCGACAUCACCGUCGCAUCCCUCCCCACCGCCGCAUGGGCCCUCUGCCUCGCCCGCCGUCUCUCCCUCCGAGACGUGACCUUUGGCGAAGUCGUCAGCGGCCGCAACAUUGACUUCCCCUACGGUGCGGCCAACGCCGUUACGGGCCCCUGCUGGCAAUACGUCCCUGUCCGCGUGCGGUUCCCCCCCGGUUGCACCGCCUUGGAGAUUCUCUCUGGCGUUCAGCACCAGCACAUUGCCAGCUCUGCCCACGAGGGCAUCAGCCUCGCAGAAAUAUCAACUCAUUGCGGCACCGACUGGCUAUCGACGGCCAACUGCAAAGCUUCCGACCUGUGGUUCGACUCCGUUGUCCACCAGGACGUCGAGCACGUUGAAGAACUGGCCUUUGCUGCUGCAGGAAGCGGUCGCCUGGAAACGAUUUAUCCCCACGAAGAGCCACUGCGCGAGUGGAAGAUUCAAGCAUUCGUUCAUGAUAACAGUAACAAGCUGACCUUGGAGAUUGUUACUUUCGAGAGCUGGGGUGGAUAUGCUAGAGGGUUAUUGGAUGAUUUGGUCACUGCUGUAGGAAUGUUGUUAAAGGAUCCUCACGCCAAGCUGUUUGGAAAUGAAUCUGAGUGA